AUGAAACCGAAACACUGGUGUGGGAUGACCGCCAAAAUGGGCACCGUGUUGUCAGGGGCCUUUACCAUCAUAGCCACCAACAUGUACCUCAUCUUCGAACAGAAGUACUUAACGAGCAGCAAUUGCACUGAGAUUAACUCAAUGGACGAGAGUAUAAGCACCCUAAUAAGUCACUUCGUCGCCUGUUGGGGUUUCAAUGUCGUUAUCUUCCUGUCUUGCAUCACCAUCAUCAUCAGCCUCUUGCUCAUAUACUCAGUAUAUGCCCAGAAAUACAAGGGCAUGAUAAUCUACGUCAUCUGGAUCUUUUUCUAUGAAGCCCUGAACAUUUUACUACAAGCCAUCACCACCAAUAACACGAUCAUUGAAGAGGUGAGAGUCAUGCGCUGGUUUGGCUUGGUGUCCCGUAUACUCAUGCACUGUUUCUGGAUCUUCUUUGUCAUGACUUAUGCCCAGAUAAUCUACAAAAGUAAUAGCCAGGGCACUAUCAUUUCCUACACCAGGCGGAUUUCCACAAGCAAUUCCUCAUCUUCGACUUGA